CCCGGCCCUCUUGGGCGGCUCCGGCCCCGCCCCGCCCGCAGCCGCCCGCAGCAUGGAGCCGUACCUCAGCUUCCGCGGCCGCCGGGCCCUGGUGACUGGGGCCGGCAAAGGGAUCGGCCGCGCCGUGGCCGUGGCGCUCAGCAGGGCCGGGGCCCGCGUCACCGCGCUCAGCCGCACCGCGGCGGACCUGGAGAGCCUCGCGCGAGAGUGCCCGGGCAUCGAGACCCUGUGCCUGGACCUGGCCGACUGGGACGCGGCGGAGGCGGCGCUGGGCGCGGCGGGGCCGUUCGAGCUGCUGGUGAACAACGCGGCCGUGGCGCCGCUCCAGCCCUUCCUGCAGGUGACGCGGGCCGCCCUGCAGCGGUCUCUUGAUGUGAAUUUUGGGGCUGUGCUUCAUGUUUCCCAGAUUGUUGCUCGGCAGAUGAUUGCACAGGGGGUGCCAGGUGCUAUUGUCAAUGUCUCUAGCCAGGCAUCUCAGCGUGCUCUGCGGGAUCAUGCUGUUUACUGUUCCACAAAAAGUGCUGUGGAUAUGCUGAGCAAGGUAAUGGCAAUGGAACUGGGACCCCACAAGAUUAGGGUGAACACUGUGAACCCCACAGUGGUUAUGACCGACAUGGGGAGAAUUAACUGGAGUGACCCUCAGAAAUCUGCUGCCAUGAUUAAUCGGAUUCCACUGGGAAAGUUUGCAGAGGUGGAUGAUGUGGUGAACAGCAUUCUCUUCCUGCUGAGUGAUAAGAGUGCUAUGACAACUGGCAGCUCACUGGUGGUUGAUGGGGGAUUUCUUGUCUCCUAAGAUGACACCUGCAUUUCACACGUGGCCUUAAUUUUCAUCCUAGUAAUGCAUAGAUGUAAAAUGGAUAGAAAACAAUUACACAAUCCCAGUUUUUCUGGAGAAGAGGGGCAGCAGGACUGGAACCUGAAUGAGAAGUGAGGCAGAAAACCACCUUUAGAAGGCUGAUAGAUAAUAAAGAUCACAUAUGUUGUCAUGGAGAA